ACCUGAUGAUGAACCCUUUGGUGGUCAGAGUUAUCGAGUUUGCUUUAGAAGCAGCUUUAUCUGUCGGAUCUCAGGUUCUGCAACAGGGCGGGAAGAGCGUAGACGCGGUUCAGAGGUCGGUGGAGGCGCUGGAGAACUGCUUCCUGUUUAACGCCGGUAAAGGCUCGGUGCUCAACCAGGAAGGCAAGCACGAACUGGAAGCGAGCAUCGUCGACGGCCGGUCCAUGAAGUCAGGGUCCGUCGCCUGUGUGGAGCAUGUUAAGAACCCGAUCAAAGCAGCCAGGAGCGUGAUGGAGAAAUGCCAGCACGCGCUUCUCGUAGGGCAGGGGGCGGAGGAGUUCUGGCAGGCGCAGGACGACAGGGACAGGCCGGUCGAGCCCACGUACUUCCACACCUACGUCAGGCAGGGACAACUCACCGCCAAGCUCAGUAACGACAGCAAACAGAAGAACAGCCACCCCCAAACGGUCGGCGCGGUAGCUUUAGACUCCGAGCGAGGUUUAGCCGCCGCGGCCUCCACCGGCGGGCUCGUGGGGAAGUUAAAGGGGCGAGUUGGGGACACGGCGGUGGUCGGAGCGGGCGUGUACGCGGACGACAGCGUAGCGAUCUCCUGCUCCGGUGACGGCGACGUGUUUCUCAGACACUCGGUCGCGCACAAAAUAGCCGGCCUCUACCGCCACAAAGGGUACAGUCUUAGGCAGGCGUGCAGGGAGGUGAUGGAGGACCACCUGAAAGGCGUCUGCGCGGGUCAUCGCCGUCGACAGGAAGGGCGACGCCGUGAUAGAAACUAACCCGGUGUUAUGUUCGUGGGGACGAUAAUAAACGGUAUCCCUCGAGUCGAAGCUUUAAGGCCCAUGAAAAACGUCUCUCAUGCAAUUUGGGAGUCGGAUGAGCUGGUGGCACAUCUGCACCCCAACCCCUGGACGCCCGGCGCAACCGUCCUGACGCGAAAGACCUUCAGCGGGGCAGAGAGCAUUUUCAAUUUACCAAUCCCGGACUACGUGGCCCUGCUGGAGGCGGCGAAAUGUGUGUCCCACCUGUUGUGUGAGCGCCUCGCGGCACAGCGAUGUUCUCUUGUUUUUUACCCGUCACAAAAGCAUCCAGCGCAAAUCAGACUCCUCCCCCUGCACGGUGUCUCCCCCAAGUGGCAGCCGCAGGUGGCGCCAGACCAAGAAUUUAACGCCUAUGACCCCGGCUUCUGUACGUCGAAAAAUGGCCUCAAAUGGAACCCCGAAGAACUAACCGAAGUCCAGGCGAAGAUUAGAAAUGUUUUACCGACGCCAAACGCUCCGCCCUGUUUCGAUUUUCACGGCGACCGCGAUCGCGACGACCUCUUCAGCCGCAUCGUCCGCGGCGCGCAGCAGCAGUGGAGGGUCUGGGAGGACGAAGCUCAUGUCGCGUUUUUGAGCCCGUACCCCAACACGCCCGGAUGCACCGUCGUCGUCCCGCGGAAACCUCUGCCCAGUGACGUGUUCCGCCUGGGAAGCGCGGACUACGAGGCGCUGAUCUUGGCCACUUAUAAAGUGGCUCGACUUGUCCGAAAAGGGCUGCGAGCGCGAGGCGUGGCUCUGGUCUUUGAAGGGUUCGAGGUCGAUUACGCCCACGCCAAACUGUUUCCUCUGCUGCCCGCGCCGACCGGCACCGAGCUCCAAACCAAAACUCCAGCGGAAUCCUUCCAAACGUACCCCGGGUUCGUGUCGUCCGCGGACGGUCCGGCUGCCGAUUUGGACGAUCUGAAAACCGUUCACGCUAAACUCACGCAGUGCCGACCUCCGCGCUCGUGGCAGCUCCCCCAGUCGCACGCGACCGCCGCCAUCACGAGCGACUGGUACCGUAAUCUGUUCCGAAUUCAAAACACGCUCUUCCACAGCACCGUGGAGUAUUUUCACACCGUGCGCCGGUACUCGUACGCCCUGACGCCGCUGACCACAGACACCAUCUCCUCGCCCAUGGGUCUGGGCUCCGACUCCGAACCCGUGUCCGUUCACCUCUUGGGUCACGACGUGUACCUGGCCGACUCCAUGCAGUUCGUACUCGAGUACUUCCUGCGCUUCCAGGACGACCUCCCGGGGACGUACUACAUUUCUCCCAGUUUCCGAGGCGAGGACCCGGACGACACGCACCUGAACCAGUUCUACCACGUGGAGUGCGAACUGCGGGGAAACAUGAACGACGCCAUUUCCGUCGCGGAGGGAUACGUGGCUCAUCUGACCGAGGCCAUGUUGAAAAAUCACUCCGACGUCAUCCUGAAAACGGCCGGGAGCCUUUCGCACGCCACAGAUCUGCUCCGUAAACUCGCAGGGAAUCGUCCGCUCCCGCGCGUCACCCUGGACGACGCCAUCCCGAUGAUGACCGAACCCGACUGCCUGGACUGGGUGCAGGACGGACAACCGCAGUUCGGCCGGAAGCUCACGAGGAAAGGCGAGCGUCUGUUGAUGGAGAAGUUCGGCGGCGCGGUGUGGCUCACGGACAUGGAUCAUCUGGCCGUGCCGUUUUACCAGGCGUACGCGGACGCGGACGCGGACGCGGACGGCGCGGGGCGGCGGAAGGCCAAGGCGGCGGACCUCCUGAUCGGACUGGGAGAGACGGUGGGGUUAGGGGAGCGUCACCCGUCGCCCGCCCUGGUGCAAGACGCGCUGAGGCACCACGCUGUGCCCGAGGACUCGUACCGGUGGUACGUGGACAUGCGGCGCGCGCGGCCGCUCGUCACCAGCGGCUGGGGCAUCGGCACCGAGCGCUUCCUGUGCUGGAUCCUGCGGCACCACGACGUCAGGGACAUGCACAUCAUCCCCCGAAUGAAAGGAGCCAAGUUCAUGCCCUGA